UUUGUUUUACUGGUUUGCAUCACCCUACUGUUCCAAUGGCGCCUCGCCAUGACCCGUUGGACGAAGCGCCGCGGAGGGGGUGGACCGGUCCGCGCGGAGGGGGCAGCUCAGGGUCGGUGCCCCAUUUGCUUGGAGGAGUUGAACGAAGCUCCUGUCCAGGCCUUGUCCUGCGAACACGCUCUUUGCUCCGAAUGCCUCCUACGCUAUGUGGAGAGCCUGGUGAACCACGGCCGCGUUGAGGUCCGGUGCCCUGUGCCUCAGUGCCAGGAGCCUGUGCCCAGCGAGCUGCUGCAGCAGCUACUGCAAGAUGCAGGAGGAGGUGAUGGGGAGACGCCUCAGAUGAAACUCUUCUUGCGGCUCUUGGACUUCCAAGCCCUGCGCAUUGAGCCCGGCGAAGGUGAACGGCUGCUGAACUGUCCCACACCAGGCUGCAUGAAGAUGUUGGUGCCAGUGGCUUUGGUUCAAGAGCGGGCUAAUGUGAACUGCCCUGAGUGCCGUCAGAGCUUUUGUGCUGCUUGCUGUCAAGCAGCUCACGGACUUGAGAGUUGUGAAGCUGCAGAGCUGCAACGGAUGGAUCCAGCCAUGCGGAAGCUCAUGAUGCAACAGAACUGGAAGCGCUGCCCGAGCUGCCGACACCUCUGCGAGCGCGAGAGUGGAUGUAAUUUCAUGACCUGCCCAUCUGAGCAAUGUCAAGGAGCGACCCACUUCUGCUACCUUUGCGAAGAGCCUCUCUUGGCCUCCGACCACGCCAGCCACUACGAGGGCUUCGACGGCGCGAUCGGACUUCGAGGCCCUUUUGGCGCCGUGUGCCGCAACCGGCCCACGGUGGACGGGGAACGCGCGGCGUCGCUGCCCGGGAAGCCGGCUCCACCGCAGCUGUCGGUGGUGCCAGGGGAAGAGGAGGGCUCCAUAGCGUUGCGGAUCACCUGGGGUGAGCACAGGAGCGAGCCUCCAACCAUCUACUAUCGCAUCUGGCUGACUGUGCCAGGUAGUCAGGAGGUGCGGCGCUUGAGUGCACAGGCCAGGCAGCCCUACUUCGAUGCGCCCAAGUCCUUGCCGAAAUACAUUCGCUACCAGGCCACAGUCGUACCUGUGAACGUGAACGGCGCCGGCCCCUCGAGCGAGCCGAGCGAGGUGGUGCACUUCCACCCCCGGGAGCUGCGUUCCACGCGGUAUCCUGCAGUAUCUGCCGUCCCCGCGAAGAGCAAGCGCUGGACGACCAGGUGACAGAUGUCCAUACGGACCCGAUGUGUCGAUGGAUGGUGAAUGGAUGGAUCAUCUUGCAAGGGGCAUGGCUGAAACACCUAUGGGUGGAAGUGGGAUUGGCUGAAGUGUUUCUUCUCAGCUGCAGAGUCCAGAUUAUAGCUGACGUGACUAGCUGCCGUUGGCACUUGUUGUGAUCUUGGACACAUCAAGGAUGGACCAGAUCGGGCAUGUUGGGGGAUCAAUGAAGAGGAAGAGAUGGCGGAUCUCCGAGAACUCUGAGAACUUGGCGUGCUUGAUCAAAGUCAGAUCUCACAUAAGCUUGCUCGAAAGAAACAGAGAUCGACUUGAGCCAUCCAACGGCCGCAGGGUUUAUUGAGCCAUCCAACGGCCGCAGGGUUUA